GUGACUGCCACUUACGUUCUCUAACCGACAGCGGGCCUCCGACUCUCUCACCACACAACCGCGAGACACCUUUUGCAGCAUCGAAACCAUGGCGGCUCAGGUCCCGCGGAACUUCAAGCUCCUUGCGGAGCUGGAAAAGGGCGAGAAGGGCCUGGGUGCCGGUGCAUGUUCGUAUGGUUUGGAGGAUCCUGAGGACAUCUACAUGACACACUGGCGAGGAACUAUCUGGGGUCCUCCGCAUGGAAACCACGAGAACCGGAUCUACGAGCUCAAGAUGGAGUGCGGCCCUAACUACCCCAAAGAGCCUCCUGAGAUUCACUUCGUCAGCCAGAUCAACCUCCCCGGUGUGAGCCCGACCGAUGGAAAGGUGGACAAGAAUGCUGUUGGCAUCCUGCGGGACUGGACCAGGAUUGCUGCUGAGCUUUCCAAGAAUGCCCGGCCAAAGGAAGACCCCCUGAGCUUGGAGGCCGCUCUCAUCGCGAUACGAAAGUACAUGGACGAGCACAAGAAGCUGCCGCAGCCGCCGGAGGGAUCUAAAUACCCGAUCUACAACAACUAAGUAUUUGGGAAGGGGGCAAGGGAUGAUUAGCCUGACGCAUAUGACGAACUAGAGCAGAGAGGAGAGGACAGGAAGAGGCACACCCGUCACGCCAAGCAUCGCGGACAGUACUGAAGACUAGCACCGAGGUCGUUUCCGCGACAUUUUUAGCAUCUUGCACAAGAUGUCACUGAAUGAACACAUCAGUUUUGCCAAAUG